GUAUUUCUGUCAGUUUUGGGGGCAGGCCUUUAAUAUUUUGAGUCACAUUUCCAUGGAGCACAGAGAUGAUGAUGAUGAUGAUGAUGAUGUGUCUUUUGCCAAAUGGAUGAGCAGCUUUUGGGGUCACAGCUGGAGAGACAAGGACGAGCGAGGACUCCGGGACCAUCACCGACCACAUGAAGCCAGCUACAGGAAGGCUUCCCUGCCCUGCCCAUUCCCUGCAUUGCCCGGCAUUUCAUCGCCUGACUGCCACCCAAGACGACAUUCUCAUGAGGACCAGGGAUCCCGAAGCCAUCUUCCCAUGCGGUAUCACAGAAAAUGCUCAGUGGACGGGUCAUUCAAGGAGCCACUGGGAUCACAAAGAGGAGCUCAUCCCCAAAUGCAGGAAUUUUCAGAAUCCUUUGAACAGCACCCGUGUUCUCCCUCUUCGGGACCCAAGGGCAGGAAGGAGAGAGAUGAAAGACAUUGCCCAGGGACUGAAAUGAGAUCCCACAAGAAACUGGAGGACAGAAGGAACUCAACGAAGGACGCACAUGGAGAUGCACCCAUGGCUCGGCUAACUGAGAAGGGGCCUGAAUAA